CGCCGGGCGCGCAGCUGCUUCCGCGUUGGCGGCGGCCGGCGGGGCCGGGCCGGGUCGGGGCCGCCAUGCGCUACAGCGAGCGGGAGCUGCUGUCGCUGUCGCGGCAGCCCGCCGAGAAGGCGGCUGAGAUCCUCAUGCGCCUGCCCAAGAAAGGCAGCGUGCUGAAGAAACGCCUCGUGAAGCUGGUCGUCAACUUUCUCUUCUACUUCCGAACCGAUGAGGCGGAGCCAAUUGGAGCUUUGCUGCUGGAGCACUGCAGAAUUGCCAAAGAAGAGGUGAACGUCUUUUCAAUCAGUUUUAUUGAGGAGCCUGACAGGAAAUACUGCUUUGAAUGUGACAGUGAAGAACAAUGUCAGGAGUGGGUUGAGGCACUCCGAAGAGCCAGCUACGAGUUCAUGAGAAGAAGCUUGAUUUUCUAUCGUAAUGAGAUUCAAAAGAUGACAGGAAAGGAUCCCUUGGAGCAGUAUGGAAUCUCCGAGGAAGCCAGAUUCCAGCUGGGAACACACAAACAGUAACCCUGCAGCCUUUCCCUAAGUGGGGAGUAACUGGCAUUCAGCUGCCACCCCUGUGGGAGGGUGUGAAAACACCGAGCUUCAGCUGCAAGGAGCAGAAGCUCCUGGCACCAAACCAGUGACCAAGUGACUUUUAUUUAUUAGCCAGAUGAUUUUGUAUGAGUUUUUAAGGGAAUUCAUUGCACACUCCCACUUUGUCUUCAACCCUUCCUUGUUCCUGUGUGCCUGCUGUGUUGAUAGAAGCAACAAGAGUCUUAAUUAAUCACUGUAGAUACCAGUUUUUACUUAACUGUGAAUCUGCUACACUGAGGAAUGUAUAGUCUGACCUUGCUCUUGGCCCUUCCACAGCCCUCCCAAGCAACAGCGGUAUGCUACUGGUGCUGGGGAGAGGGGACGGGCUUCCAGGCUGGCCUGUUUGUCCUACUCCCUCCUCACUCUCCCUACAGAAAGAGGCUGAUGGCACCUGCCUGAUGCAGUGAUCUCUGCUGUUCAGUUGAGGCCUGUGCUGCCAGUGGAGGAAAUAACUGGUGUUAAGUGCCAGGUAGGUUGUGUGGUAUGCUAGCAGUAGUAGCAUUGCUGCUGGGAACAGCAACAUCCAGCUUUCCCAGCAGCUGUUCUGGCUGGAGUGUGGUCUGCACCUGAGCUCGAUGGUGAUCAGGAUGCUCUAGACUCUUAGGGAAGGAAGGGGGUGGGAGCAGUCUCUUUCAGUGCAGGGGCCUUAUCCCCUUCCUUGGAGGGGAGGGACUCUCCAGUUUGGCCCUGGCCAUAGAGUACUGCUCCCUCUGAAGCCCCCUGGGCCUCUUCCUGCUGCUGCAUGUUCUGUUGGCAGAGCUGAAGUGCAGAGGGAGCAGCUAGCAGGGGCCUGGGAAACCCUUCUUCACUUGAAUGGCUUCCCACAGUAGCAACAGGAAUUUUUCCCUUGAGCAGGCUGACUUAGAGCAUCCUGUCUGUAUUGGCCACCACUCUUGUGCUCCAGCAGGCAUGAUAGAUGGCUGGGAGGUCAGGGCACCAGUGUCUUGGCUAAACAUUAGUACUUGCUUCAAUGCAGUGUGAUUUUUUCCAGCCCAUUACAGCCCAGGUGCGAGCAAUAAAAUAAAAGUCUAGGAUCCCAAGACCUACUUACAUGACAUGGGCAAAGGUGUGGCUUUGUGCCUAUUGGAUACAAAUAGCUGAAGGGGUGAAGCGUUAUGACUUAUAGUGAAGCAGUUUAAACUACUGGGCCUGUGACCCUGAAGGCACAAUCUUCUUACAUAAAGUCCCCCUCCCUAACGGAUCUACUAGGGAAGGCCCAAGCUAUACUUGUCCUUGUAGCUUCAGACCUAAAGAAUAAGGAUUAGGGAACAGCAUCUCUUCCCUCCCUUGACUCCGCAUUGAUUAGUGCAAAUACAGAAACAGCAUCAGACAGUAGUUACUACCAGGCACAAGCUCUAGAAAGUAUAUGCUGUAAGCUUCGAUUGAUACUACUUACCCCACACUGCACCCCAGCUAAACAGCUCCACAGGGCAAGAUUACUGGGGUUUAGACUAGAGCCUCUUGUCUUGAUGCAGUAGGUCACCACUCCCUCCAAUAUCUCCAAUUGAUGGGCAACAGUAAGAGCCUUACCUCUGCAGGUGGAAGCAUCAGUGACAUCAGUAUCUAUUGACUGUUAAAUGCAGGAGCCUUAGGGAUCCCCUUGCAGCAUAGUCCAUCUCCAUCCCUGCAAUUUGACUUUCAACUACUGGCCUGCCAGGCCAUGCCAGCAGAGCUGCUGUCUCAACAGUAUUCCAUGGAGGCAGAAUAAGAUCUGAUGAACUUAGUGUCUGCUGGCUCCUGACACUGAUGGCAGCCUUGUGACAAGCUCUCAGACCAAGUGAGGAAUCUUUUGCUGUCAAGAUGGGGUUUGCAUAUGCAGUCUGUGCGAGGCAACUUAAAUGGCCUAGUCUUUCCCUUUGCUAGCAGAACGGCUCUGGUUUCCCUUCCACAAUCAUAGCAAAGCUACCCCUGCUUUCAAGCAGGAUUGUGUUUCAUGUGCAUUACAAUCACCUGCUUCUGGCACUGCAGGAUGCUCUGGUAGUGGGAAAGACCGCCGUUCCACAUAAGCUGAGGGUCAAUUCUACUGACAACAAAAGCAGCUGAUGAAACCAGAGCUCAUUGGAGCUAGACUUCAGGACAGUGGUGUCCUCAGCUGACCUUAACAUGCUUUUUAUUGACCAUCACAACCCUUUUCUGCCUUGGCUUUGCUCUACCUCAGUACAGAAGCAAGACAGCAAAUUCUCUGACUUGCUGGCAGUGAGCAAACAGUCUUAUCUACUCUGAUAAAGAAAAGAUGCAUUUAAAUAUGGCCCUCACUGUUUAGGGAUGACCUUGGUUUGUCUAGUUAUUAUACAGGGGCCUUCAUAGUAAGGCUGGCUUUUUGUAGCAGCUACUAAAGUGUCUGCUUGUUUCCAUCUGAGGUCUUGCAAAGAUACUGUUCACACUAAUGUUAGAGACUAUACAGAAACUGAUGCUUUGAACAAGUGGAGAGCAAGAAUUAUAAAUGUUUCACUUCCUGCAACUCAGAGACAGCUUUGUCUCAUUUUGUGUUACCUACACAAAAUGCUGUUCCAUCAUAUUAGGGAAUUUCUACUGCCAGAGCUUUUCUCUUGGAAAGGGAGAAGUCAGGGAAUGCUGUAAAGCUUUAUACCAAAUAAAGAAGAUCUACAUUAUAGAAAGAUCAUACAACAACUUUAGUCUCUCACAAUAGCAAGGCCUCAAUUCGAAUAUCUAGCACAGGUGCUUUUGUGCACUUACCUUUAGAAGCAGCAUUUGAAGGUUAGUGCACUGGAUCCAUUACUUGUUUCAGUAGACAUUUAGCUCUACACUUGAACUUUUCACGUCCCAGCAACCUUUCAUUCCUCGUACCUCAUGGCAGACAGGUGCAAAACGGGAGCAUAGAUCACCACAGCUUCAGGUUACCUUGGCCAGUCAAUAACCUUCUGCAUAAGUAGUCCACCUCAUGCCUUCCCAGUACAAACAGGAACACUUUCUCCAUAGCCUUGCCAGGCAAGACCUUUAAAACCUGCUUUUUUAAAAUGCAUACUAUACAUAAAUGGGCAUUUUUUAGGUUUUUUGAGGGGCACAUGAGUUGGGAUAAAGCAACAAACAGCUCAGUCAUUUGUCCACAGUAAAAGGUAGGUACACUUCACCAUUGCUACUUAACUGAAUGUAAAACAUGCUGUGAACUGUUGUUACUUGGGGUGGUGUACAGCUAGUAACUCAUUCCACCCAGCUAGACAGAUUUCCAUUAUUAGGACACUGGGUUAGAUUUCAGGAUUAAGGGAAAUGGUAGUUUUGGACACUUCAGAUUUGGGAAUUUACAUUGAGGGUGCUUCAUAAAUGGAAAAGUUAAUUUUUUUCAUAAUUAUUGUCCUUUGUUACAUUUCAAUGUCUUAUUACUCUAAAGAGCAUAAGAGGGUACUGCCUCCUUGAAAGUGUACGGAAGCUGUUUAUCUGUUGUACAAUGAAAGUUUUAAAUAAACAGCGCUUUGUUUUAA